GAAACUGGCGCUGAAGUUUUACCUCGACAAGAACCCUGACAAUCCAGAGGCAGCGGACAAGUUCAAGGAGAUAAACAACACCCACGCCAUUCUGAACGACGCCACCAAGCGUAACAUCUACGAUAAGUACGGCUCUCUGGGGCUGUACGUGGCCGAGCAGUUUGGAGAAGAGAACGUUAACACUUACUUUGUGCUCUCCAGCUGGUGGCCGAAGGCACUGUUCAUCUUCUGCGGCCUGGCCACUGGAUGCUACUUCUGCUGCUGCCUGUGCUGCUGCUGCAACUGCUGCUGUGGGCGGUGUAAACCCUGGCCCCGCGAGAGCCCGGCCCAGGACUUCUACGUGUCCCCCGAGGACCUGGAGGCUCAGCUACAGUCUGAUGAGAGAGAGGCCGGGGGCGAGCCCAUAGUGCUGCAGCCGUCAGCUACAGAGACAACCCAGCUAACAUCAGACGGACAUUACACCUACCACACCGACACCGGCUUCAACUAACCC